ACAUGUACGUUGGCGCUGGAACAGAACGUAGUCAGGAAACCAGGGAGCCAGAGACCUUUCUUUAAAUCUUGCGUCUUUUCUCUUGACACUACGGCCAGUGGCCUUCCCUCGUUAAUCCUCUCUUGUCCUCAAUCACUACGGACUUUGUUGUCGAGGACAUUCGGGUGCUUUCACGAUGACCAACGACGACCUCCCCAUCGCGCUGCGGCGCACACGUCGGAGCUUGCCUGGGACGAUUGCCACCGUAGCUUCAUCAACACAACCACCGCCGCCCCCCGUGGCAUCACAAGCCGCGCAUAAGAAGACCCCGAAGCGCCGAGUACGCUUCUCGGACCCAGGACCCUCCGCCUCGACACCACGCACAACCACCCGCGCCUCCUCCUCCACCGGCCUCACACCCAUGAUCAACCGCACGUUUCUCGACCGCCACACGCCAUCCAGCUCCCGCCGCCGCUCCACUACGCCCUCAGCAAGCGGCGGCACCGCCCCGCGCCCGACGACGGACCUACCCGUCAGCGGCGAGGUCCACUUCCUGCCCCUCCGCCAGGUCCUCUCGGGCCGCGUCCAGCGACGCAUCCGCCGCAACGGGCUCAGCGAGGAGAUGAACGCCAUCGCCUCCGAGCGCCGCCGCGCCGCAAAGGACGCCCAGGCCGAGGUCGAGCGCCUGCGCCGCGACCUCCGCCAGAAGGACGCCGAGGUCUACGAGCUGCAGAACGCCACCGUCGUCCUCGACACCGAGCGCAUCUGGGCCCUCGAGCAGGAGGUCGAGUCUCUGCGCGCCCGGCUGGAGGACAGGUCCCCCGCGGCGGCGGCGGCGGCGGCGGCGAGGAGGGAGGAGGAGGGGCGGAACUGCUUUGACUGGACGCUCGCGGCGCGGGACCCCUUCGCCGACGACUUCAUGGAGACGGACACCGUCGAGGCCGAGUCCGUGUGCGGGGACCGCGGGGUCGUGCAGAUCGGCGACGAGACCGUCUUCGGCGACGCGACGAUGGCGGAUAUCGUCUGCAGCACGCCCUCGCGGGUGCGUUCGUCGUUCCUGACGCCGCCGCUCACGAGCCCCGUCGCCGCGGGGCCGUCGACGCCCUCGUCUCGCAAGAAGACGAGGGAAGCCCACCCGCUGUCGGACGCCGGCGUGCAGGCCAACUUCCCAGACCCGGAGAAGCAGCGGCUCGACGAGGACGUGGCGUCGCUGCGCCUCGAGGUCUCGAAGCUCACGGGCACCCUCGAGUCCUACUCCGCCCUCACCGACCGUCUAUCAGAGAAGCUCUCGUCAGUGACGCCGCUCGAAACCUUGGCUGACCCCUUGGCGACGAUCGAGUCGCAAGUCGCCGCCCUCCUCCGCACGGUCUCGGACCGCACGGCGGCCCUCGUCGACCUCGACGCGUCCCUCGGCGCGCUGGGCUUCCCCGGCGCCGAUGCGUCCGAGGUCAUCGCCUCUCUCGCCUCAGCGCUGCGCACCGCCCGCCUGGAGCUCGAGUACCUCACACCCGGCGAGAUCACCCUCCCGCUGUCCUCGCACGGCGGCGAGGUCCUCGACCUCCUCCUGACGCGGCUGCGGGACCUCGCGCGGCGCGCCCGGGAGGACGAGGCGUCCAUCGACGAGUACCACGAGCUCGAGCUGUCGCUGCGGCAGCAGCUCGGCGCGCGGGUCGCCGCCAUGGGCGAGCUCGAGGAAGAGCUGCGUCGGGCGCGGGAGGCCCUCGGGGCGCGGACGGAGCGCGUCGCGGAGCUCGAGCUCGGCGUCGAGCGGCUCAAGGGCGCGGUGGCGGGCUACGUGCGCGACCUCGGAGAGCUGGAGGGCGUCGUCGGGCGGAUGGAGGCCGAGAACCGCGACGCGAUGGCGACGCGGGACGCGCAGGUCGAGGUCGGGCGGCGGGUGCUGCGGGCCAAGGAGGACGCGAUCGCGAAGCUGGAGGCGAAGCUGUCGGACGCGACGGCGCUGGGCCGGUCGCUGCGCGUGCGGCUCGAGGAGGCGGAGGCGGCGAGGACGAGGGAGGUGGGUGAGGUAACGCGACGGGGCGGCGCGGCGCUCGCGGUGCGGGACGCGCGGGUCACGGAGCUGAGGGAGGAGGUCGACCGGGUGAACGAGCGGUUGCGGGCGGCGCACGAGGGGAUCAAGGACCUCAGGGUCGAGAAGAGGGAGUUGGAGGGCGAGAUGGUGCGCGAGAGGGAGGCGGCGAAGCGGGUUAUCGAGGAGAUGAGGGGCGAGCUGGAACGGGUCGUCGGCAUGAGCAGGGAGUUCCUGGGGCCGGGGUCGACGGAGGGCGGGGACGGAGGGGUGGGACCGGCUUCCGGAGCCGAGGGUGGAGCGGAGACCGGGGCGAAGAGGGGGCGGCUGCUUACCGGGGACCUGGCGAGGCGGUCGUCGGGGCGGAAGAAGAGGAGGUAUGACAGCGGCUUGGGGUUCUUGGACGAGGAUGAGGUUGAUGCGUGAAGCGUGGAGUUUAAAUACAUGUAUAUGUCCACAGUCUGGACAGCUUUGGGUAGAUGGUGGAUGGCGUCUAGGCGCGUUGUUCGAUCGUUUACAUCGUCAUCACGACGACCCUUCUUUCAUUUGUUAGUUCGGUAGACCUUUUGGAGGCGUUGGAAUGUAAAUC